AGUUGGAAAUUUGGUUGUAUGUGUCCGUGUCAUGAGUGCGGUUCACUGACACUUGACACACCCUAUAAAUGUUAUUUUUUUUCACAAAUCCUAAAAGUUUCACAAAACUCUUGACGGUCACCUAAAAUUCCCGGUACUUUCAUUUUAAUAAUACAACAAUUUAAUUGGAAUUUUAAUUUUGCUCAAGAAUCAGAUUUAUCAUCGAUUUACAAUGACGGAAAAGCAAAUGGAUUGCGCUUUAGAUUUAAUGCGGAGGCUGCCACCUCAACAUAUUGAAAAAAAUUUAAGCGAUUUAAUUGAUUUAGUACCUUCGCUUUGUGAGGAUUUACUGUCUUCAAUAGAUCAGCCUUUGAAAAUAGCUAAAGACAAGGAAUCAGGAAGGGAUUAUCUUCUCUGUGAUUAUAACAGAGACGGAGAUUCGUACAGAUCACCAUGGAGUAAUGCAUAUGAUCCUCCACUCGAGGAUGGAUCGAUGCCUUCCGAAAGGCUAAGAAAACUAGAAGUAGACGCAAAUCAUGCAUUCGAUCAAUAUAGAGAAUUAUAUUUCGAGGGUGGUGUAUCAUCCGUUUAUCUUUGGGAUUUGGAUCAUGGAUUCGCUGGUGUGAUUCUUAUUAAGAAAGCCGGCGAUGGAUCCAAGAAAAUCAAGGGUUGCUGGGACUCAAUACACGUUGUCGAAGUACAAGAGAAAUCAACGGGAAGAAAUGCUCAUUAUAAACUUACGUCGACGGCAAUGCUUUGGCUUCAGACAAAUAAACAUGGAUCGGGAACAAUGAAUCUUGGAGGCAGUCUCACCAGACAGGUGGAACAAGACGCAUCAAUAACGGAAACGUCGCCGCAUAUUGUAAAUAUCGGUCGUUUAGUGGAGGACAUGGAAAACAAGAUAAGAAAUACAUUGAAUGAAAUUUAUUUUGGAAAGACAAAGGACAUUGUUAAUGGUUUGAGAUCAGUUCAAUCUCUUGCGGAUCAAAAACAACAAGCCGCACUUAGACAAGAUUUAGCGGCCGCAUUACAGAGGCGAAACGCCAAUAAUUGAUCGUCUUUUUCAAAACAAAACAAACAAAAAUUGCAUUUUUCUCCAAAUCACAAUCGCGCGACUACUAUCCUUCUCGAAUGUAAAUACCCCUUUAAAAAAAAUGAAAAAGAAAAAAAAUGUUUUUUGGAAAAUUCCACUAAAUGUAUCGUAGAGAAAAUGAGUGUGUAUGUAUGUGUGUGAGAGAGAAAGAGUUAUUAGUAAAAACGACAAAGAAGAAGAAAGAAAAGAAACAUCAAUGACUGGAUUGAGAUUUAUUGAAUUUUGCACACAAGUUCCGUUGAAUUUACUUCCUAGUGAACUUGGGUUCCUUGUAUUAUUGCUAGAAAAGAAUCCAGGGGCGUUUGCGUUCGACGAUAGUAGAAAAAUGAGAAACAGAAAAAGGGAGAGAGAGAGAGAGAGAAAGAGAGAGCCCGCCUUCUUGAUUCUUGCGGAAGGAAGUUUAACUUUGUUAUCUUUCGCGAGAAAGAGUUGAGCUUUUUUUGAUAUUGUAAAUUUUUGAAAUGAAAAAAAAACAACUAAACGUAUUUUUGAGAUGAGACGUCAUUUUUUCCGAAAAUCAUAUCUAAAUUUUUUUUAGUUUUUUUUUUUAGGUUUAGUUAGUCACAGGCUUCCAAACCUUCGAUAUUUAUACGUGCGGUAGAGAGAUUACAAACAAUAACAAUAAAUAAUAGUUAUAAUAAUUAAUAAUAAUAGUAAUAUUAAUAAAUAAUAAUAUUAUUAAUAAUAGUAAUAAUGAAAAAAAGAUAUUUCUUGAAGAAACGACGUCUCCAAAAGAAAAAUACAUACGCGAUUUUGCUUUAUUUGUCUCGGAUUUGAGGCCACGGCCUAAAAAAAAAAAAAAAUAAAAAACACACGUAAAGCCGUUAAAAGAAAAAAAUAACAAACAAAUGUGAUGAAUCCGAGAUAUGGUCGAUGGUAUUUUUUUGCAAUGAGCGCAGAUCUUUGCCAGGCAAGCUCGCUAUUAAAUUCGAAAGUAGUUAGUCGAUGUGUAUUCUAUAAAAAAAAAAUUAAUAAAAUCAUUUUGUUACAAAAAAAA